AUCAGUACCAGUGUGUGAGCUUCUUCUGAAGGUGUCCCCCAGAACUUUCAGCUACUACAUAUGUCUGUGUUAUCUCAUACCUAUAUUUGGGUCAGGAUUGGGUAAUCUGCAUCCUGAGGUUUAGAUUGCCAUAUCACAUUUUUCGCUCUAAUCCUCGGGUUGCAGAUUACCUCCUCCUCACUCAUUCACAAUCAAACACCUCUUCAUUCUUCAGGUAAAUAUCCCAUUUCAGGUAUUGCAUAUUUUGUGCAUGAAUGAAACUCUGGUGUCUGGAACUGGUGCAAAUCACAGGUUACAUCCUUGUCUGUACCCUCUUGGUUUCUUCUCAUACCAGGGCGAGUUGAAACUAUGAUUCUUACAGAGAUCCUAAUACGGCUGACUUGUCUUUACUUGAUCCAUUCUAACUGAUCAUUUGAACUUCUGUAAAUGUAACCAAAGCAAGUAUUCUACGUGUUUGAUAUAUUCCAUUCUGAAUUGUUCACGAGAAGAAACAUAAUAUUCUGGAAAGGAAUGACGAGCCAGAAUUUAUUUGCAUACAAAAUGAGAUAAGUAUGCAAAUCUAUUUUCAGGUUAUGAUCUUUUUGGUGGAGUCUUGGAGUUGCAGAACUCCAACAGCUUCUUCCUUGGUGAGGCUGAAGUCGUUGCCAUCCUUGAAGAUGAGAAACUCCAUCAUCUCCACCCCAAAGAAGAUGAAAGUUCCACGGAGGUGAGUGAUGCAGGAACCAAACUCUUUGCCAACCACGCAGUGCCAUGCUGCUCCAUAGUCUUCAUCAAAUUUCUGUUGCACGAUCCCCAAAGCUUUAACACGGGUGAAAUAUAUAUAAAAAAAAAUUACAUUUCAAAAUGAAGAUAGGAUGAUCUUUUGAACUGAUGCAACAAUAGCAGCAGUCUGUGAGGCCUUGGAGUAGCUCUGAUGCAUGGCUUUGCUUAAAGGCUAAAGUCUUAAAGGUUUUGAUGCAUGAUUCUUGACCCACUAGCAAGUAAAAAGCAUAUUCAAAUAAAAAAAUUUGAUCAGUUCAAAGCAUUAUUCAUUCAGGAGUUUAUUCCCCGAGCUAUUAUUCUAAACACUAUAAAGUAAAAGUUCCAGCACAGUAGCAAGAAAUGCAACCCAGGGAACCCUAACCAUUAAUCAUAUGGAAUCAAUAAAAGUUUAUGGGAGAAAAGUAGCUUUACCUUGUGCAAGAUCAAUAUCAAUGAAAUGGCUCAACUGAGAAACAAACAAGAUCCAUUUUUUCCAUGGAAAAUGAGAUGGGUCUCUCUCUCAUCAUUCUCUCUAUUCAGCUUACAAGUGUGCCAAAAAGGGGAAUCCCAGGUGUAUAACUAUAGGCUCAAAGCAACUCCCUAUUCUGUAAGCAAAAUUGAAAGAGUGUGAUGGGGGCAACAUUAGUUUUGAUACAGGAUUUCACAAUACAAAAGGGUAAGGCUAUAUGCUCUUUCUAACUUAAAUGUGAACCCUAAAGCAUCACUUUACUUUCCCUCCAUCCAUCCAAGAGAUAUAAGAUUCUAGUUGCGACAUAAGGCAGAUCCCUUUUGCAAUCUAUUAAUCAGAAAAUACGUUCCCCACCAAAAGAAAGGUACCUUUCCAUAGAAUUUGACUGUAGACGCAUACCCCAGAAUCUAAUACUUUCAUUUGAAAUGAACAAAGACCAAAAGGAGUUUCUAACAUGAGAGUGAUAAGAAAUUCACCUGUUUGAUAUAAUGAGCAAUGGAUUGGCAAUCAGAAACCUCAUGAAGAUCAAGAGCCUGGUAUGCCAGUUCCAGCACACGCCCUUGCAUCUCCUCUGGCAUGUCUGUCUCCCUCACCACACCCCUCCCUUCCAACAUUCUUAUCACCUCUGCUAGUUUCUAGGCUGGCUACCAAGACUCCUCCUGCCUGCACUUUUUGUUUGCAAAUGCAGAAGCUGGCUGCUCAAAUCAACACAGCUGUAGUAAACAAAAGGAAAUAUCUGGUGUUUGAAGGAACCCUUGAAAUUGUCUGGAUUCCAUUCCAUGACCCAGAAAAGAUUUCAGACCACAUAUUAUUGCAGUUUUGUCACAUUGAGAAGAUGUGUUGAAUCCUUUUGUUCUCACUGCCGCUACCUGGCAGUAAAAUGGGUCCCAUCACCAUGUCCAUGACCAAUUGACAAGACCUCCAGAUAAUAUUUCUCCCCUCUUGGAGGUUCUGCGCUUCUGUUUGUUUCCUGGCAAAUUUCGUAUGGCCAGGAUAUCCCCCCAUUAUGUAGACACGCAAUCUUCUCAAACUGGUGCCACUCAUUGAAUAAGCCAUACAAAAGAAUCUUCCUGAUUCUGCUAGCCCUUUUUUGACCGAACAGCAACGAAAACACAACGGACUUUCCUUGCACAAUCUGGUUAAACUAGCAAGCUCUUCAAAUCAAAAUUCAGAAGGAAGGCAGGACGUAAGAAAUUCCAGCCAGCCAGCCAGCCAGCAAAAUGGAAAAGGGGACAUAAAGAAUAAAGAUUAAAGGAAGCUCGUUUUACCAAGAUCGUAGCUUUUUUUCUCUCAAUCCCCCUCCAAUACUUCUCCAAAAAGAAUCCUCCUUCUACCCAAUCCGAACACCAAGAAAACGAACCCAGUUUUCUCUUCGCUCCCUGAAGUAGAAGUAGAAGUAGCAGUAGCAGUAGCAGUAGUGAUAACUUAUGAAAUGGCCGCUGGCUUCAUUUGUCAGCAGCUCCUGAUCGAGAACACGCCGAGUUCUUGACCCUCCCACUCGUCCGGGUUAAUCAAAUCAAAGGACUCCGAGUUAGCGCUACCCAGCACACGCUCAUAAUUUGCCCUCAUGUACAUUUUACCUCCUCCGGCGACCAGACUCCGUCUGGAAUCACGCCUGCGCCGCUCAUUGGCAGUCAACUCUAGCGAUGGCAGGUUGGGUAUCUGAAUAGGCAAUACUAAGGGUGGCCAUUGGUCCGGUCCGGUCCGGAUCGGACCAAACUAAGGAGAACCACGGUUUAAUGGUGAAAGAUAUUUAACGAUCAAGAACCGGACCAAAAGUGCAUUAGGUCCGGUCCAAAUGUAAAUUCGGUCCAUUUUUCUUCAAUACUUAUGAAAUUCAUAGAAAUAAGGAUCGAACCAUAUUAUAUUCAAUUUGGUGUGAUCCGAUCCAAACAUUGAUUCGGUCCGAUGUGGUCCGGUAUGGACCAACCCAUUGUCCACCCCUAGUCAAUACCCAUUCUUGCUCCCACUAACCAUAUGUUGUGGCGGGUAAUAUAGAGCAUAUAUAAGG